AUGUUAGUGUGGCAGGAUAUCUUCACGGAUGAUGAAGUAAUGUCGGACUCGUUUAAGGCAUCUCCAUGUAAGGACAUGGAAGGGAAUGAAGUCCCUGGUAUGUUUCAAGUUGAAUCCAAGACAGUGAGUAAAGGCUCCGAUAACAUCGAUAUUGGCUGUGGUGACGCUUUUGGAGGUUUUGACACGAAAGCAGAACUUAAAACGUACCUGAAAUCAUAUUUUCGUAAGACGAUGAAACAUCUCAAGUCUACGAACGCUGGUGAUGAAGCUUUAGCGCAAUUCAAGAGUGAUGCUCUAGAGAUUGUCAAAUUUCUUAGGGUGCUGUAG